GUAAACUCAAUUUACGCGUUCAACGUCAGGUGUCCAGAAUAGGCCCACCGACUAAAUCGACCACUUGAGCAUGACAUUCAUGCGUUGAUGUUUGCCCGCUGCCACCGCGACGACAUUUGAGAAUUCAGGGCGAAACCAAUCCCGACGACUGCGCGUUUCCGAGGGCGGACAACGUCAGCGCGACUGAUGUAUCAGAAUAGUCUAGCCACCGACAACGAAGGAAAUCGAGUCUUCCACGAUCACCCAGCUGCAAGCAUCCACAAAGCUACUUGCCAGUGAACGACACUCCUGCGGUCCUUGUCGCACCUUCGCGCCGGUAUUCAUCCGAUGGCUCGAACAACUCGAUCGAAGGCUGUGGCCCCAACCAAGUCAGGAUCCGCAGAGAGGGCUCCGGCCGCCGAUAACUCAGAAAGCUCCUCUGCUCUACCAGUCCAGACAAACAACCCCCCAAGAGUCUUCAUACUCCCAACGGAAGCGAGCGCCGAUGCUCGAGUAGUGUCAUUACUGUGCGCUCGAACAGGCAAACCCGCGAGAUAUCUCGUCUGCCCCGAAAGUGGCAUUUAUGAAUUCACACGCGUGUCGGCUCUCAAAUCGACACCGAAAAGUUGGCUCAUAGAGCCUGGUCCACCAAAUGGAGGACCUCUUUCGACCUCACAGAGUGAGACUCUGGGUGAAAGCCGCGUCUUCCACGCAAGGAUCACAAAAGGAGCAGAUCUUUACGUCGCGACGCCAGUAGAUCCAUUAUUCCUCGUUCUACCAGCUGUGGCCACCCAUCCAGUAUCUUCAACUGCUAAAGCGGACGAGAAGAAGCUCUUCCUGUCCGGCGACGACCAUUUUGACUCCAUUGCGCAACUUUCACCGCAUCUCACCGAGAUCUUGCGCUGGGCUGGUGGCAAGCUGCAAAAACUGCUCGAGUCCCGCAUGGCGUCAAUCUGCGAUACUGUUGAAGCAGGAGACGAGCUGAUGUUUCGCUUCAGUGAGGAAAAGCUACUCAACGAGCUCCUUGGCAAGGCGCGGUCCUUGGCGCGGCAAGCCCUGCCAAAAAGCAUGGAGGAAAAGUUUGUGACCAAAGCCUUGGAAGCCCCCAUGCUGGGAUUGAAGGUCCGGGAUGUGUCAACAGAUACCGCAAAGUCCACGGUCGUUGGUGAAGAUACAGCUGAAGAGAAGGAACAGUGCUCAGUGUCUACACCAAUGUCACCCCGGGGAGCUGAUAGCCAGUCGUCCGCCUCUGCCUCCGAUGCCACGGCAAGUUUUGCCUCGGAUAUAUCGAUGACCUCCACAGCAGCAACCUCGCUCUUGGCCACUCCAGAGCUGGACGAGGAAGAAGCCAAGGGCACGGUCACAGAUCUUACCUCAGCUGUUCAGGCAAGACCUGAGAUUGUGGCUUUGCAAAGAUUGCGCGUGGCCUUUUCGUACAUCUGCUCUGCAUAUCUAUCCCCAGCACGGGCAGCAUCCGUAAAAGCCCUCCUGGCCAGGGAUGUCGGCGCUUCAAUGGUGGAUUUUGCGCCUCUGGAUGCGUACCUUGCCAAGAUCGCGAAGAUGCGCGAAGACGCGGCGUCGGCGCGGAGCAUGAGUGACUACAGUCGAAAACGUGUCCUUGACGAUGACGAGGCAGCAGAGCGUGCAGAGAAGAAGCGCCUCAAGGAGGAGGAGGACCGGAGGAAAAAGGCGGGUGAAAGUCGGGGUGUGAAAAACCUGAAGAAGGUGAACACGACUGGAAUGAAGAAGAUGAGCGACUUCUUUAAGAAGAAGGCGUGAAGCGUCUGGCCGGAUGCGUAGGACUUUACUCAAUCAUUACAGCAUAUGCUUGGCGUAAAGGAGUCGAUUGGCAAGCUAUCGAUUGCCGUGGGUAUCAUCUAUUUUAUACUUUGUUAUGCCC